AUGAUUUUUUGUUUUCAUUAUUCAAAGAAAAAGCGAAAAGCAGGAAGCAUUGACAAACUUUGGAGCCCAAUUGAGGAAAUGUAUACUGUGGCCAACAUUCAGUCAGCCAAAAAACAAAAGACUGAUGAAAAUACUGAAGAGAUUGAUCCUACUGAAGAGAUUGAUUCUACUGAAGAAUCAGAUGAUUA